AUGUACUCUUGGGAGGGGCUCAGCUUCAUGACUAGUACGGUGGGCUUUCCUGAUAGGUUGCAUCCAGAGACUCUGGCGUGCACUAAUCUGGAGGAGGCAAAGGUGUUCGUCAAUGUUGAUGUCUCGAAGACUCUGCCAAAAGAAAUUGAAUUCUCAAAGGAGGGUAAGGAGUUCACAGUAGAGUUCCAUUAUCCUUGGCUUCCAGCAAGGUGCUAUUUGUGUGAGAAAUGGGAUCAUACUGAACGAGUUUGUGUGAAGCGUGGUAAAGCCAAAAACAAGAGUGAUGAUCUGAUUAAAAGUGGUGAGAAAUCAAAAGAAGGAAAGAAAGAGCAGGCGAAGGGUUUGGAGGUUUCAAAUGAAGAAUCCAAAGAAGAGGGUAUGAAAGAAAAUCAAGAAGAGAGUAAUAAUAAUCAGGAGAAGAGUCCAGUAUCAAAUUGGAAGUUCGUCUCACCAGAGAAAGUAGGGAGAUCACCUUUGGAAAAUGUCACUGAAGUUCUGAUCUCUGCAUCAAAGUUUGCGGUGUUAAAUAUGGAUGAUGUAGAAGAAGUUGAGGAAGGAGAAAUAGAGGAUGAUAAGCUAGAGAGUUAUCUGGAGGACAAUUUGGAGGAUAUGGAUAAACUAAGAGAGAUAGAAGGCGAUCUUUUGGAAGAUGAUAUACUGGAGCAACAGAGUAGAGGCAAGGACAAAGCAGUAACAAAAAAAAGGGUUGAAAAGGGGGCCAAAGGCAAAAGCUCAAGAUGCAAAUCCGGCUAA